AACACCACCUCCCCAGAGAGCGAGAAAGAUGAAAGCGGUUGGCGGGUACGGCGGAGGCGUGGCGUCGCCUGGGUCGGUGUCUUCGGUGUCAAAGGCAGCGGCAGCAACGGCGGAGGCAGAGGAGGAUUUGGUGGUGGAGGACGUCGGAAGAGGAGCGAUGGGGGAUGCGGAGGCAGAAGUGGCGAAUGUCGAUCAUGCUGAGGAGGAGGAGGAGUUGGAGGAGGAGGAGCUGGAGCUGGGGCUGACCCUGGGGGCGGCGAAGAGGGGGAAGGCGACGCCUGCGAUGUGGGGGCCGUGCUGCCGCAUCCUGACGGCAAAGGACUUCCCGCCCCUGGCGUCCCUUGCUUCACCGAGGUCCCCCUCCGCCUCCUCCGUGUCGUCGUCCUCCGGCACCAACCUGGGCGGUGGCGGGACCGGGACGGGAGUCGCCGGGACAAAGCGGGCGGCGGAAUCCAUCUCCCCCGACGUCGGUAGCUCCCCUCAUCCUCCCAGUCAGGUGGUGGUGGGAUGGCCGCCCAUCAGGGCGUUCAGGAUGAACAGCUUGUUCAACCAUUUCAAAGACAACGCCCCCGAGGUUGAUGCUGCCGUUGCUGUCAAGAAGGCCAUCGUCCCCAGCAGGGCAGGCAAUGACAGCCAACAUCAGGGGAGUAGAGGAAAAGUAAUGAGGAGAUCAUUCUUCGUCAAAGUGAAGAUGGACGGCGACCCUAUUGGGAGGAAGGUGGAUCUCGAUGCUCAUCACUCUUAUGAGGCCCUCGCAGACGCGCUGGAGCUCAUGUUUCAUAAGCCCACCAAGGCCUCUGCCCUUGCGGUCUCUGUCGUGGUGUGGAUGAUGGCAGAUGGGGCAAAGAUUUCAAAUUUGUUGGAUGGCUCUUCUGGGUUUGCUCUUACUUAUGAAGACAAGGAUGGGGAUUGGAUGCUGGUUGGAGAUGUGCCAUGGGGAAUGUUCUUGGAAACAGUCAAGAGGCUUAGAAUUAUGAGGACCUCAGAUGCAAAUGGGCUUAGCAAAUCAGUUCAUUUCGGGAAGCACCAAGAUUUCUAUCGCCAGCGGAAUGAUAGGAAACAUCCUGCCUAUGGUCUUCAACCAGAGUGAAGAGAAGGAAGACGGACUGUGGAGUAUAUAGCAAAUAGAAGAAAUUGAAAUGAAAGAAAAGCAUAGAAGAGCCAAGAUCAAGUUUUCUUUCAAGUUGAAAUCAUUUGCAUCGUUUUGACCCUACUGAUAGAUAAAUCGUAUUUUGGAGAGUUGCCCUUUUUGUUGGGUGGUUUGAUGAGGUAAGUAGACCAAUAUGCUUAUGACUACUGCGUAGUCAUUCAUGCCAAUCACCGGUGCAUGCCAUGAUAUUUCAAUACUGUAAAUAUUACCCACGCCUGUUUCAUCUCUGAAUGAAAUUGUAGAACAAGCUGGAGUUGCAUUCAAUAUCGUUUAACGUUCAUCA